AUGGACAAACAAAAAUUGACAACAACUGCUGCUAGUGGACUAUCAACAAAGGCUAUCACUACCAAUCAUGCUGCUGUGCUAUCCCAACCUAUUCGUCGAGUUCUUCAAAGUUUUCUUCUGGUCUGGCUUGAUGCCAAUUUCGAUGAAUCCAAUGAUCAUUAUAACAAGUCAAUACAAGAUCUACAACAUAUUGUAGCAACAAUCACAACAUUUACAGAUGUUGAUCAAUGUGUUGAUUUUCUCAGUGACAUUGAAGAUGAAAAAGUAUUGAUGAUUGUGUCUGAUGCACUGGGACAACAUAUCGUACCAGAAAUUCAAGCUUUGCCACAAUUACACUCAAUUUAUGUAUUCUGUGACAAUCAAUUGAUUAAUCAACAAUGGGCCACAACAAUACCUAAAAUAAAAGGUGUAUACACACAAAUUGAACCAAUUUGUGAAGCAUUAAAAAUCGAUUGUGAACAUUGUGAUCGAGGUAUGAUCUCGGUCAGUUUUAAUCGUAUUGAUCCAUUAUUUAUGUAUACACAAUUGUUAAAAGAAGCACUUUUGGAAAUCGAAGAUGAUGAUGCAAAAUCGAUUAAGGAACUCGUUGAAUACUGUCGUCUUCACAGUGAUGCUUCCGAAGUAACACUCGAAAAGAUCGAGCGAGAAUAUCGUGAUCAUACACCCAUUUGGUGGUACACGGGUCCAUAUUUUAUCUACUCAAUGCUCAACCAUGGUCUUCGACAAAUGGAUGUUGAUGUUAUACUAAAAAUGGGCUUUUUUAUUCGCCAUCUACAUCAACAUAUUACAGACUUACAUCGUGAACAGCAAAACAGCACAGCAGCCAUGCCAUCAAAAUUUCAAGUUUUUCGUGGUCAAGGCUUAUCUAUGGAAGCCUUUGAAAAAAUCAAGAAAACCAAAGGUGGACUUAUGUCGUUUAAUAAUUUUUUGUCGACAAGUCGUAAUCCUCUCCCUCCGAAUCAUCCCGACUUGGCUGCUUCCUACAACAACAUCGGUUCGGUGUAUAAUAGCAUGGGCGAGUACUCGAAAGCACUUUCAUCGUAUGAACGAUCACUUGAAAUCACAAAAAUAGCUCUCCCUCCGAAUCAUCCCGACUUGGCUGCUUCCUACAACAACAUCGGUUUGGUGUAUUAUGACAUGGGCGAGUACUCGAAAGCACUUUCAUCGCAAGAACGAUCACUUGAAAUCCGGAAAAUAGCUGUCCCUCCGAAUCAUCCCGACUUGGCUACUUCCUACAACAACAUCGAGAAUGAUAAAGAUUCAUCAAUAAUAUCAAACACAAAUGAAGAUACAAAAGUUAAUUUUGAACGAUUACUUUCAACAACAUUAUUUUCUAUAAAAUCAGUAGUAAGUCUUAUUUCUACACAAGAUUUAUUAAAAAAUUUGGAAGAAAUACUUAAUUAUUUUAAAUCAACGUUCAAUGUACAAAAGAGCUCACGUUAUGCAUCAAGUAUCAAUAGUGAUCAAUCCAUGGGAAUUUGA